AUGUCGAGCGUCGCCGUCGACAUCUCCCGCUUCUUUCUAUUCGAGGUCACCGGCGAUUCGUCCGAGGUUGUUAGCUCUUCCGUGACGGAGGAUUUUUGGGCCGACGACGAUGCGCAAUCGUGCAGCUGCGACAGUUCCGACGCACAGAGCAUUCGUCUCUUCUCCGGCGAAGAGGAGCGGCUGGGAUCUAGCUGUUGUGUUGAGAAUGGCGGCGAAGAAGAGGAAGACGAAGAAGACGAAGAAGACGGAGACGAAGUUAACCAGAGCGAGAAUCGAGGAGGAGUGGGCCCGCUACAGAAACAGAAUGAAUCAUCAUCGAAGGUGCAGGGGGGUGGUUCUGUAGAGUUGGUGAAUGAAAAGGACAGGGAUAGGCUAUUCUGGGAGGCUUGUUUGGCAUCGUAA